CUCUUGAAGUCCUCAAGCCAGGCCCAGACUGGGGACAGAGGGAAGCACAGAGGUAGUGAAAGAUAAAGGAGGCAGAGGAGAAGGGGAGAGCAGAACAAUUUUUAGAGAUAGUGAGCUGCCUGUCAAGAGGGGCAUCGAAAUGUACCAAAUCCACACUGAUAGUUCAAGAUCCCUUCCAGAGGGAGGGGAUCAAUGCCCAUUUCACAGAAGAAGAUAUUAAGGCCGUCAACAGGGACAACGAAGACAAGAGAGACAAGAGCUGAGAUCAAGCUGUGGUUUUAGGAGGAAAAUUCAGAAGACUGAUUUCUGCACAGCAAUGAAUGCUCGGGCCACACGCCCCCGAAGCCGGCGAGGGAGGCACGCUCCGCCUGGGGAGCUCGAUCCUGUGGCAGAGAGUUCCGAGGAGGUUGAGGCAGCCAGCGGGAGUUCUGAGCUGGGCCCUGUGACAUCUCAGGAGAGCCCGGGGCCAGAGGCCGAGGCCAGUGGGCAGGGCCUGGGGAACAGGACCAACACAGAGGCUGAAGGGGACUCUAGCAGAGGACCCGCCCCAUCUCCUGAGGGACCCUGCAAGCCUGCUGAGGAAGGCCAGCAGGCUGCAGAUGUAGCCCCACUGGACGGGAAGACUGUCCCCCCCAGGCCUGAAGCCUCUGACAUGUUUCAGACUCUCCAGCAUGCUCUGAGCUCCCUGGAAGCAGCGGCUGCUGCCUGGCGCCACCGGCCCCCAAGCUGUCCUGGGCCCGUGGAGGCAGGAGACAGAAGCCGGGUGGGACCCAGGCCCUGCUUGGAGCAGGAGGGGGCAGGGGGUUGCCAGAGGGAGGCAGCCCGCCUAGCAGAAAGGAAUGACUGGCUGCGAUUGGCCUUGGGCAGCCGAGAGGAGGAGCUGAUUCGCGUGCAGACCUCCCUGCAGGCCAUCCAGGCUGAGAAGGAGAUGCUGCAGAGAGAGGUCCAGGAGCUGCAGGAUUCCCUGCUGAGGCUGGAACCUUUCCCGCCUCCCUCCCCGGGCCAAGCAGGGGCCUCAGGCAGUGGCUCCAGCAGUUCUGGGGUAGAUGAGGAGCCCUGGGGGACUCAGGACCCCUUCCCCUUGGUUCACCCCCUGCUCCGGCGCGUCCGGAGCGAUUCCAGUACUCAGAUGCUUGGACCUCUCCCCACUCGACCCCUCACCCCCGAGAUCCACAUCAUGGAUGUGCGGAUGGAGCAGCUCCGGGGGAACAUUGAGAAGCUCAAAUGUUUCAACCGUCUGCUGUCAGCUGUGCUGCAGGGGUACAAGGGCCGGUGUGAAGGCCUGAGCAUGCAGCUGGGCCAGCGGGAGGCAGAAGCCACAGCCCUGCGUAUGGCCUUGCAGUACAGCGAGCACUGCGAGGAGGUGUACGGAGUCCUGCUUACUCUCCGGGAGGCUGACUCGGGAGCAAGAGAAGGGAUCCCUAAGGGGGACCUGGAAGUGGCGGAGAAGGAAGCCCAGAGGCUGCUGGCACAAGAGGACACUGCCAUGGAUGGAGAGACACCACGGGAUCCACAGCCAAGCCCCGAAGGCAGUAGUGUGGAUCGGCCCACACCGCAGGAGGUGGCUACCCAGCUCUGGGGCUAUGUACAGCGUCUCCAGGCACGCCGUGCUCUGGUGAAGAUUCCCCCAGAGCCUGGCCCGACUUUGGCACCCAUGCCCACUGUGCCCCACGCAGAAGCCAUGGUUCAGGCCAUUCUGGGGACCCAGCCUGGCCCGGCCCUACCCCACUUGGAGAAGAUGCAGAUCCAGCAGGACUUGGCAUCUACACGGGAGAGUCUGGCAGACCUGAUGCUGCGGCUUCAGUUGGUGCGGCGGGAGAAGCGGGGUCUGGAGCUGCGGGAGGCUGCCCUCCGAGCCCAGGGCCCAGCCCACGUGCUCCUGCUGGAGCAGCUGCGCUGGGAGCGGGCCCAGCUCGGGGCUGGUGGGGCCAGCAGUAGUGGCGGCGACAGCAGUGGAGGCGGGAGCAGUGGGGACGAAGAGGAGGUGUCCCAGGGCCCUCCCGCUAUCCUUGGUGGCAGAAGGGGCAUUGAUGGAGGUCAGGUGGGCAAAGCCCAGGGCCCGGAGCCUCUGGCCCAGGAACUGGCAGCGUCACUUAACCGGGCCCUGGGCCUGCGGGAGCAGCUGCACUCUCUUCGGGAGGAACUGGAACAGGUGGCUCAGAAGGGGCGAGCCAGACGAGCUCAGAGUGCUGAGCUGAACAGCGAUUUAUGCAAGGCUCACAGUGCCCUGGUCCUGGCCUUCCGAGGUGCCCACCGGAAGCAGGAAGAGCAGCGGAGGAAGCUGGAGCAGCAGAUGGCCCUCAUGGAGGCUCGACAGGCAGAGGAGCUGGAGGUGUUAGAAGCCACAGCAAGAGCACUGGGCAGGCCCAGACCACCUUCCCGGCCACCCCGGCUGGGAGAGACCUUUCUGUAG